CGCGGCCCCGGAGCCUCGCAGCCGCCGCCCGGUGCCCGAGGAGAAGGCGGCGGGCGACCCCCGGGGAAGAUGAAGGCGGAGGGGGGCGACCACUCCAUGAUCAACCUGUCGGUGCAGCAGGUCCUGAGCCUCUGGGCCCAUGGGACGGUGCUGAGGAACCUCACGGAGAUGUGGUACUGGAUCUUUCUCUGGGCUCUCUUCUCCUCUCUGUUUGUCCACGGUGCUGCGGGAGUGUUGAUGUUUGUGAUGCUGCAGAGGCACCGGCAGGGGAGGGUAAUCUCUGUCAUUGCAGUCAGCAUCGGAUUUCUGGCUUCUGUAACCGGAGCGAUGAUCACUAGUGCGGCUGUAGCUGGCAUUUACAGAGUAGCAGGGAAGAACAUGGCCCCAUUGGAAGCCCUCGUGUGGGGCGUUGGACAGACUGUACUGACAUUAAUCAUCUCCUUUUCAAGGAUCCUCGCCACACUUUGAGGUUUCUGUGGGAAUGUCUUACUUCACAUAAGGAAACAGAUAUACAGAUUCUCUGAAAACGGCAUUAUUAACAAGUGGGAAUGAAAUUGUACAAGAAUGUGGAAGGAGCAGGUCAGAACAUAAGGCCUUGAGCUGUGUGGAGAGAUCGCCCUCUGGUGUUCAAGUGAUUGCACUACCGCACUGCACCUUACGUGCCUCCGACCCGGGCAAGGCGCAUUACACUCUGUGAAGCUACAAGAAAAAGCACCUUGUUUAGCUGCCAAUCAGGUUAACAUUGGUGUUGAAUCAUCGUUCUUAACAGUGUUGUGUUAGGUUACAGGGACGUUUUGAAGAAUCGAUAUAUGUGCCAAACUCUUCUUUUUUAAACAUUGAUCAUGUGAAAUUGCAAGUGUAGAUGUAGAUGAGUGCUGUGAACAUAUUUGACAUGAGUUCAGGUGAUGUGGUGAGAUUUUUUGUUUUAUAAUGCUAAAUCCCGUAUGAGUGUUGCGUACUGAAUCAUUUAAUACGAGACAAAUUGUUUGAUUUUUACUGUUGAGCGUUUCUGGGAUUGAGGGCUUUCAUAUAAAUUAGGCAUUAUUGUGAUUUAGUUCAUGUGGAAAGUAAAACUUAGUGGAAAACUGCUAAACUCUUUCAAGGAUUCAAAGUAGGUCUGUAGGGUGCAUCCUUUUCACCCACUUAAAUAACACUCUUAAUAGUUUCCCUUGGACACAAACAUUCUAUUGAUACGAAUUUAAAAACAUUAUGGGUCACACAUUGAUUGUAGUUUGUGUGUCAUAAUAAUACAAUUUGAGAAAUUUCUUAUAAGUUUUGUAAGAAAGUAAGUCUGAAAUGCAUGUUGCAUUCUUCGCCAUUCUAAAGAAAGUUUUUGCCAUGUAUCUCAUGGAGAAAACAUCUUUAUAAUUAGUAUCUCAGUGGAAUUAUAUUACUUGUUUCAUAUGUCUUAACUUUUGAUAAAACAUAAACAGUCUUUCAUUCUGGAGUAUUAACUAUAUUUAAAGAGUGGCCUAAAUUAGGCUGUGAAAACAAGAAGCUUCAUUUGUAGAUAAGUAACAAGUCAUAUAGGAAGAGUAAUAAACUAUCUUACUUUGGGUACAUGGUAACAAUUUCUCUAAGUAAAAAUUGGAGUAUAAUAAAUAAUUUUAAAAUUCGGCAGUUAAUCUCAGCAUAUCAAUGCAGUACUGAACUAGACUUGAGUGUUUCAUUUCAGUUCUCCAGCUCUUUAUUUAUGCUGUUAUUUAAGUUUACUAGCAUCUGUGAUGACAUUUAUUAGAAUGAAAAAGUCCUUAGUAUAAAACAUUUUAAGAGGUUUUGGAAAUAUGCAGUUGUUUUUAAGAGGAUAAGAAGUAAGGGAAACACAGAACCUGGCUGAAUUUGUCUCCCACUGAGACUUUUAAAAAUACCAGAUACAAUUUUAUAUAUAUGCUAACUCAAAGGAAGAGCCAACUGCAGAAAAUAUGAAGUUAAGGACAGUCCAAAUCUGCAUACUUUACCCUCACUGUUUUAUAGCCUAAUUUGGUAACAAUUAAGUUUCUAUUAGUUCUUAUUCAAAUUUAAGAACUUUCUUACCCACGGCACCUUUUCUCCACCAAAAAGCAGGCUAUAUCAACAACUCAGCGAUGAGGAGUUGGGCGUAUCUUACCAGUAUGGAAGCCAGUUUUGGGGGUUUAUAACACUGUGGCUUGGAAAUUUGUUUUUAAAAAGCCAAGAAGCAACUAUGCAUUCUUAAAGAUCUUUGAAGUAAAUCUUAAAAUUGAUUAUUUUUUGUUAUGUACAAGGCUGAAAUCAUUUUCAUGUAUUCUUUAUAUUCCAGAUGUUUUCCUAAAUUAAAUUUAGGCAUAAAUCUUCCAACUCCAUUGGAGUUUCCCUUUUCUGUUAGACUUGAAUUGUGUUCUUCCUUUACUUUGGUUAUUCUUCAGUAAUUUAAAGUGUCCCUGUUCUUUGGGAGGAGUUAUCAAUAACAUGUUGAAAUUGUUUUAGAUCUACAGAAAUGAAUAUUUAUUUUAACAUAUGGUUAUUGUAUGAUUUCAGAGAGGUAUCAUAGCAAGGUAACAUGGAGCACAUGGUUCAGAACCCAAAAUUAGCCAGAAAAUAACUUGGACACAUUAAGUGUAUGGCUGCAUAGACCAAAGAGACUGAAACUCCUGUUUUUACUCUAGAAUGAAAGUGUAAGGAGGUGGAUCAGUUUGUAGAGUGUCCUGCAGUUAUCUCAUUAUCAGGUUGCUUUAUGUUAUGAAGUGUGUGUGUGUGCGCGUGCGCGCACAGGGACACUUUUAACUUUUGGGGGAAUCUUUGGUUUCUUUGCUGUUUUUAGUUACUUCCAUUGGAAUUUUGUGCAACUGUUACGUUUUUGAUCUUUUGAAAUGCAGUUGAAUAGUGUGAAUUGAUGAAAUGUCUUAAUAGCUAUUUCUAUGCCGAGAUUUUUUAAAUGUUACUGGUUUUCCUAUAGAGAUAAGAAACGUUUAAUGGUAUAUAUCUACACACAUAUAUAUCAUUAUAUACGUAUAUAUGUAAAGCUGCUACAUAUGAAUAUAGUCUUAAUUGGAAAGCUUUUGUUCAAUGAACACUUUUAUGUUGUAGUGGAAAAUUUGAUAUAUUUGCUCAGUUGAAUGAUCUUUUAAAUAGGUUUGAGGAAGUUUGAGAUUUUUGAAUUUGGGGACAUUUUUCUUGGUUUAGUAGUGCUGGAGAUCCUUGUUUGUGAUACGACAAAAGCCCUCAUGUAUGUAUUUGGGUUAAACCUUAAAAUUUGUAUGUGACUUGGUAAAUUUUGUGAUAAAUUCAGGAGGAAAGGGGAAAAUCCUCUGUAGUUUAUACUUCUUUAUUUUAAAAAAUGCUAAAUAAAAUAUUGCUGACAGUGAAAUCAGUUCCCCAAAGAAGAGACUCCUGUGUGCCCAGACUAACUGCUAAUCAGUUAACACACUGAUCAGAAAUGUCAUAGAGCGGAGUUAGUCGGGGGCCUCACCUAAGCUACAAGUAACGCUUAAAUCUUUUAAAUGAGGAAGGCGCAAGUGGUCUGCCCUGCGGGACAGUUCCACUGGAAUAAAGUCCCAGGUGGGGCCAUGUUCAGUGCUUGCAGGUUAGUUAUUCUUUCUUUAGACCUUAGUGUUCACAGUGUUACCGUUUGUCACCCGUGGUACUCUCUUAGUAUCUGCAGCAUACAUUUCCUCUGUCCCCCAGAAGUAUAAGAGUUGUAUUUUUACUUUAAGUGAGAAGUAAACAGAUGAGCUGCCCUGUGUAUCAUAUAUUUGUGAUGUAAGGAACAGGAAGAAUUUUUUAAAUGUUCUUGGAAGACAUCUUUAGAGAAUCUCUAUAAUUAAUAUGAGGAGAGUGGAGCCACCAUGUUAACGUGCCCAAGAUGGCACUUACACACCAACUAAUUCAAUUUUGUAAACAUUUUUGGUGGAUCUACUGUGUACAAAGUGCUCUCCCUAGUAUUUUCUAUAGUAAGUACAGGGACGACCAAGAUGGGAUUUCUGCCCUCAGUUCACCAAGAGCUACCAAGAUGCUUUAAAUCCUAAAGCAGCUGGGAGGACAUUUUGCUCCUAGUUGACAGUUUAAGUUGUUUUCCCCCAAUACUGAUUUUUCUCAGUUUAUCCACCAAAUGGAAUUUUAGUAACUAAGAUAUUAUGUGACAUAGUGAAGAGAAUACUAGAAUUUAAGCCAGGGACAUAGAUUGGAAUCCAGGCCCUGUCACUUGUUGACUUCUUCAACAAGAAGAAUGGAAAAGCAGUACAGUCGGCCCUUCAUAUCUGUGGUUCUGCACUGAAGGAUUCAAACAACUUGGAUUGACGUAUGCAGGAAAAAAAAAUUCCAGAAAGUUCCAAAAAGCAAAACGUACAUUUGCCCCACUCCGGCAACUAUUCACAAAGAAUCUGCAUUGUAUUUACAUAGCAUUUACACUGUAUAAGAACGUUGUAAGUAAUCAAUCAAGAGAUGAUUUAAAGUAUAUGGGAGGAUGUGCACAGGUUAUAUGCAAAUACUACACUAUUUUCUGUAAGGGCCUUGAGCAUCCUUGAAUUUUGGUAUCCACAGGGAUCACUCCCCCUGCGGAUACUAAGAGACUAAUAAAUAUUUUGCAGUAAGUGAUCAAUGGCUAGUCAUAAUUUUUUAAAAAACUACAUUUUGGAGUACUGAUCGAAUACAGUAUUUUGUAAAAUUCAUUUCUUCCAUUUCCACAUUUUUCCUACAUAUAUUUUAAGAAAGAAGCUAAAAAAAUUCUUUUAGAAUGUUGCCUCCCUUACCUCCUCUCCACCUCUUUAUUUUUUAAAUCACAUAUUUAUCUAAGAGCACUUUUGGGAAUUGGUGGUGAUGGAAAUGGCCAGGGCAGGCGGGAUUUAAUAUCAGGUUGUGUUUACCGUGAGUUACAAAAGGAGAAGGGAGAUGUGGCCAGGAUCUACUCCUUACUUUAGCUUGCUUGCUGCUUUUGGAUUCAUUCAACCAAUAUUAAUUGAAUCUCUACUAUAUGCAACUUACUAUCCUUGUUUUAGGGGUGGAAAAGUGAUUCCUCCCUCUGUCCACCUCUCUCCCGCCACCCCCGUGUGUGGCUUCCCUGUAUAGUGCCAAUUCUGUGGGAGAACAGAACUGGGCUGCGGUGUCUACCAUGUCCCUCUUUCUAUGGACCAAAGGUGCUUUAGCCCUACUUGUUGUUUUUAACUUAAAGGGAAAUGCUUUUAUUUUUAAUUUAUGUCUAUUUUAUAAUUCAAGAAGUGACAAGAUGCUCAGAGUACUUUCUGAAAUAUUCUUAAGCUACUCUUACUGUUACAAAUGUUUCUCUCAGAAAGUCUUAAUCAGAAUUCUUCAAAGAGUGGCUACUUGUUUUUAAGAUGUGAAGAAUGUGGAAAAUUACUGAAGAAAUUCUAGUGACCUAGAUUGCAGAGAAGUUUGGCAACACCUGGGUAAAUAGGCAAAUGAUUAUUUCUUUUAAUAAUCAGGGGUGAGAAUCUCAGUGGUUAAAAUUGACUAGUAAUUUCCCUUCUUGUCCUUUUAUAACAUCGUGGAGGAAGACUCUAUAGCAUAAAAAGGACAUUAUUUGAUUAAAAAAUGAUAAAUUUUUUAAAACAUGUGAUAGCAUUUAUAGCGGAGGGAAGUUUAAACAUAGGCAGAAACGUUGGAGGGGUAACGCGCAAAAACAAAGACACACUUGGUGAAGCACCUCUAUUAGGUGAAUGCAGCUUCCCCUUAACCUGUUAAAGACUAUACACACUGAGUAUGUUUACUGCUUACAAAACGUGGUGUUUCCUUAUAUGUGAGACUGAACUUGCCACAAAGCAUCCUGAAGUAAUACUACAUUUUUGUGUGUGGUGGUAGGUUUGCCCUUCUAACUUAGGGGUCUCUGUUCAGUGUAGGCAAUACAGUGUUUUUGAGGAGGCUGCUGAAGUUAUCUAAAAAUGUUAUCAGUGAACUUGUUAAGAGGAAGUGAUGCUUACUAUAGAAACUAUUUUGAGUAACUGUGGAAAUAUACCAGUUAAUACUUUAUUAAUUAGUGGAAACACCUAAAUUUCUGAGCACACUAAGCUGGAACUGUCUCCUCCCCCAGGUUUAGGGGACUCGUUUUCACAUUCUUUACAUUCAUUGCAUGUAUGUUGAACUUACAUAAUAACCCUUUCUUGAUUCUAAGAACUAAUUUAGCACUUUCUUAAAAAUAUUCCUCCUCCUUCCAGACAGAUGUCACAUGGUAUAGUUUAAACAGAGGUACAGUUUGUUGAUAGACUCAGAAGUGCUGGUUUAGAAUAGAAUGUUCUUAACAGCUUAUGGUUAUGCAGCUAUAAUCUUGCUGAAAAGUAAAUACUAUGAGCAAGUCAAGAAAGCAUGGACCUCCUACAUGGUUUUUUUUUUUAGAUUAUAUCCUGCACCCAUAUAUAUAUCUCCCCUCAAUGGUGACAUGACUGUCCCCUUUGGGGGACUGUAUUUAGGAAUGUAACUGAAACUGGAAAGCAGUGUAACAUAAAUACAUAGAAGGAGGAAC